AGAGAAAGCAACAAGUUUUUGCAGUCCCAGAAGCAGGUGCCAAGCAGGUAGAGGUUGUCUGAAGACAUUGCUCCAUUUUGUCAACCCUGAAGGAAGAAUAGGGUCACUCCACCCUCGGUUGUUUCAAGUUUCAACUGCGUGAUUUUCAGCAUUUCUUGGAAAAAGUAGUAAUGGCAUCCUGUUUCUUCAAUCCUAUCCCUACUAGCUGUCAUGUCAUUUCAGCAGAUUUAUCUAGAAAAUUCAAGAUUCCAAAGCUUCUUCACAGGAAAAAGAGGUUUGAUGGUUCACCCAGAUCUUCAAAAGUUACUUCAUUUUAUGGCUUGAAGACCCCUCCUUAUGAACUUGAUGCGUUAGAGCCAUAUAUGAGUAAGAGGACAAUUGACAUGCACUGGGGAGAACAUCAUCGGAAUUUUAUAGAAGGUUUGAACAAACAGCUGGAGAAGGAUGAUAUCCUAUAUGGUUACACCUUGGAUGAACUAGUCAAAGUGACAUACAACAAUGGCAAUCCGUUACCUGAAUUCAACAACGCCGCUGAGGUUUGGAAUCAUGACUACUACUGGGAAUCCAUACAACCAGGAGGGGGUGAUAUGCCAAAACUAGGUCUCCUUCAACAAAUCGAAAAGGAUUUUGGAUCAUUUGCGAAUUUUAAAGAGAACUUUAUAGAAGCUGCCCUCACAUUAUUUGGUUCUGGUUGGGUUUGGCUAGUUUUGAAGAGAGAAGAGAAACGACUAGCCAUAGUCAAAACUUCAAAUGCCAUUUGCCCAAUUGUGUGGAAUGACAUACCAAUCAUCAAUUUGGAUUUGUGGGAGCAUGCAUACUAUCUGGAUUACAAGAAUGACAGGGCAAAGUAUGUGAAUGUAUUUAUGAACCACCUUGUGUCUUGGAAUGCUGCCGCCGAACGCUUGACAUGGGCAGAGGCCUUUGUGAACUUAGGAGAACCUAAAAUUCCUAUUGCAUGAAAUAUUGAAAUGCUUAACGAUUAGUGCUUGAAAUGGGCAUAUGGGUGGAGUUGAUAUAGAAUCAAGGGCUUCACAUGGCCAGAAAAAGUGUGUUUCCGUCAUUAUUUCAGUACAACAUUCAUAAUGCCCCAUGUGCUUCUUUCUGGUUGUCUAUUUUCGCUAUGUUAGUCUAGUAUUUAGGACAUGUCAUAUGGAGGAUUAUAGGAACUUAGAGCAGGAGACUAGGAUUUCGAUGUAUAAAAAAGAGCAUGUUCUUUGACUUAUGAUGGUGUCAUUGUAUGAAAGUACGAAUGUAAUUACCAUUGUGGGGAGAGGUUAUUAAAUUUUCAAAACUUUAACCUAAUUGUGAAUCUGCUUCCACAAAAUAUAUGUUCAACUCCAGUAGUUGUAUUAUUUCAGACACUUCGCAUACUAAAAAGCAACUAGGGGUGUUCGCGGUCUAGAUUGG